AUGCCGGCAAAGUCGCCUUCAACGAGAAAGAAAAGAGCUCGGACGAAAGAUGAAGAUGAGGAGAACGUGGACACCGGUAAUCAGACGACAGCACCAACAUUUCGAGAUAAGAACUUGCAGCUCGUCCACGAUUUUCUCGCGAGUCAGAACCGGCCGUUCUCGUUGCAAAAUAUUCUAGACAGUUUAGCAAAUAAGGGAGACAUGAAGAAAGCUGCUUUGGAUAAAGCACUUACUGAACUGGUAACUUCAGAGUACGUAACCUGCAAAGAGUAUGGAAAGGCUAAACUGUACCUGAUUCGGCAGAAGAAUAUCGCCCUGCCGUCUGCCGAAGAGACAGCUGCACUGGACUCGCGUCUGGAGACACUUGCGAACGAGCUCGAGGAACUAUCAGCGGAGUGCCAGGUGCUGGAGGCUAAGAUCAGUGAGCUCUCUGCGCAGCCUCGAACAGAGGAAGCAAAAGAGCGGGUUGCUCUUCUAGAAACCGAAACUGCGACGAUCGACGAGCGCAUUGAAAAGCUCCAAGUACACUGUGCCGGCUACGAUAGCAGCCGACGGCAGUACAUUCAGCAACAGCACGAACGAGCGCUUAAAGCGCUGCGUCUCAGGCGUUCCCGGGCACGGCAGAUCAUUCUUCAAAUGGCCGAGGGUAUGGAGCGCAAGCCGCGGGAGCUCGCCGACGAGAUUGGCAUCGAAUCCGACUCCGACGACUGGUUGACGGCGAGCCGGAGCGUCGUUUCGAAUGCUCGAUCAAAGGCAGCUGUUUAG